CUGUGUUAGCCAGGAUGGUCUUGAUCUCCUGACCUUGUGAUCCGCCCAUCUCGGCCUCCCAAAGUGCUGGGAUUACAGGCUUGAGCCACCGUGCCUGGCCAGAGCAUCCUCUUUUCAUAAGCCACAGCUUUAGGUUGUGGAGGAUGCAAAGACCAGCCUCCUUCACGGAGCUGACAGUCUGCUGGGGGGAGGCAGGUAGACAAAGAGUUAAUUUUCUUCCAAGAGAGGUUGGUGAAUUGCACAAAAGAGGUCUGAAAGAAACGUGGACAAGAAGAGAAUGGCUUAGGGCCAUCUUCACUAAGGGAGUGGCCUUUUAGCUAGGCUUGGAAGAAUGGAAUUUCAGGAGGCAGCAGUUUGGGAAGGCAGAAAAGCAUUGGCAUGCCUGGCUUGUUUAGGGAAGGGCAGCAGUCUGGUUUAAAUGUCAGAUACAUGGAAUAAUUCAGAAAGAGGGUGAGGUUGACCACCAUUGCUGCCUACAAGCUGUUGCUGAUCUGGCACGGGGAGAGUGCCUGGAACCUGGAGAACUGCUUCAGUGGCUGGAAGGACACCUCCCUGAGCCUGGGGGUCACAAGGAGGUGAAGUGAGGUAGACAGGCACUGCAAGAUGCUGGCUAUAAGUUCAACAUCUGCUUCACCUCAGUGCAGAAGAAAGCAAUCUGGGUCCUCUGGACAGUGCCAGAUGCCACUGACCUGAUACGGCUGCCCAUAGUGAGGACUUGGCAUCUUAAUGAGUGGCACUCUGGGCUUCUGACCGACCUCCAUAAAGCAGAAACUGCUGCCAACCAUGGUAAAGAUCUGGAGGCGCUCCUGUGAUGUCCCACCACCUCUCAUAGAGCCCAAUCAUCCCUUCUACAGCAGCAUCAGUAAAGAUCGCAGGUAUGUAGACCUCACUGAAGAUCAGCUACCCUCUUGUGAGGGUCUGAAGGACACUUCUGCCAGACCUCUGCCCCUUUGGAAUGAAGAAAUAGUUCCCCAGAUUAAGGAGGGGAAAUGCGUACUGAUUACAGCCCAUGGCAACAGCCUCCCCGGCAUUGUCAAGCAUCUGGAGGGUCUCUCUGCAGAGAGGAACCUGCCGACUCCUAUUCCUGUUGUCUGUGAAUUGGACAAGAACUUGAAGCACAUCAGGCGCAUGCAGUUCCUGGGGGAUGAAGAGACCGUGUGUAAAGCCAUGGAAGCUGUGGCUGCCCAGGGCAAAGUGAAGAGGUAA